AUGUUGUCAAAGUACGUUGGACAUUUAUUUUUGUUUUGUUAUACUGUAUCUUCAACAGAUGAGAAUUUUUGUCGAGGCAAAAGAAACGGUCUGUACUCUACAGUACGUACUUGUUUUUUCAAAUUUUACGAUUUAUACAGUAAUCUCUCUAUAUAAGCAACCCGAAGACAUUUUGUGUUUACUAUAGGGCAUGUUGCCUUUACAGAGUGAUUUUCAGUGCAAAUUGACUUGGCGGUGCUAAAUUUUUUUGUUUACUGUAAGCACUGUUGUUUAUACAGAACACUAUAUAGAUAAAGUACUGUAUUAUUGUUACAGUAUCUUUUCAAACGUUUUUUAGUAUAUUAACUUGAAGUUUAAUAAAAAAUGUAUUGAAAAUGGACCUCAGCGUAUUUUACAAUCAAAGUUUAGGGUGCCUGCACCACAAGCUACAUUGAAUGCCUUGGUAACAGCACCUUUGUCAGACCUUGUCCACCAGACUUGUGGUAUCGUCAAGAAGCCGAACGAUGCGAUGCAAAGGACCUGAAUCCUUAUUGCACUCACAGUUUAUCUGUUUGUGAUAAAGAUUACCGUAAAUUAAAUGUAAAAAACUAUUGUGAACUCAAGGGAACUGGAUCUUUUAAGUAUCGACCGGGCGAUUCGACUUUAGGAACGCAUGAUGGACCAGUUAGAUGUAGCAAGGAAAAGGAGCUGAGCUUCAAGUUGAAGGUAUGAUUCAGAUAGGAUAUUAUUGUUGAUGUCUGAUUGUUUAUGGAUAUACUCUUACUUGUUAUUUUAAAGUUAUACUCAAAGAUAAAAGGAUUUACUGUUUUUGAAGUUAACGCGUGUUAUGCCUAGUACAACAAUAUAUAUACUUGAAUAUUGUCUUCAGGUGCCAGGAAGAUGUACCGAGAUCUAUUGGCAGUGUGUUCAUGGUAGGCCACUCAUGAUGUCGUGUCCAUUUGGUCUCAGAUUUGAUGUUACCAAAUCAGCUUGUGAUCAUGAAGGUCUUGUCGCUGAUUGCAGGAAAAUUGAUGACAUAUACAUCAAAGUAAAGUAUAAUGUUAAUAUUACUGUGGUUUGCAAAAAUGGUCAUUACAUUAAACACAAGUCGUAAAGUUUUUUUGUAUUAUGACUGCUUAUGUACGUAGACAUAUAUUUAUGUAUAUGUAUUUACAUAUAUAAUUGUACUUACUAUUUUAAUAUUAAACCAAUAAACAACAUCUUAACCAUAAGUAGGUAUAAGUUUAUUGUAGAGAUUUUCAGAAUCGUAUUGUUCGUUAUACAGAGUUGGAAGAUGCCUUCAACGAAGAGAGCGAACAUUCGACAAGAUACGAUGCACUUUUUUGGAAAACAUUCGUACUGUUUAAAUCACUGUUAGCUAACAAUAAGCCCGAACAAAAGUGA